AUCUAAAUUUCAUCAAUCAUAACACCAUAUUGAUGAUGAUGCUAACAUCAACAAUAUUAUUAUUAAUUCAAUUAUCGACAUCAAUUCAACAAUCAAUAGAUUUAGUACCAAAAUUAAUACGUCGUCCAACACAUUUAGAUCAUUAUCUUUGUCGUCAAUUACAUAAUGGUAUUGGUUUACGUGCUAUUGCUGUUACUAAUCUAAGCGGUGAUGUUUGUCGAACCUAUUGUCGUGUGAUGGAUCGUAUGGGUGGAAAAAUUUACUAUACUGAAAAUAUUAGUCCAAAUUUUGUUCGUUGUGGUUUAUAUCAAGCAAGGUGUGUGGAUGGACAAUGUAUUGGUCAUAAUUUUCCCGUAAAUAAUAAUAAUAAUAAUAAUAAUCAAAUGAUAACAUCAUCUGUAUCGAUUUUAUCCGAUAAUAAUAAUCAGUUUGGUAAUGAUGAUGGUGAUAAUAUCAGAAAUUUUUUUUACAAUAAGUUUUCGUUGAUAUAA